AUGCGCUGGGAAAGCAAUCAGGCUUCCGUAGAACGUAGCGCAUGCGCACUGCUCGUUUAUUCGGACGUGUUGUGUUCAGUAUAGCAAAACACUGUAAUUUGUGUACCUCGAUAAUACGAUGAAAGGCAGAUUCAAUACAGUGGAUAUUAGGGCAGUGAUUGCCGAGCUCAAUGCCAACUAUGUGGGGAUGCGAGUGUACAAUGUCUACGACAUUGACAGCAAGACCUACCUCAUUCGACUACAGAAGCCGGACAGCAAAGCCGUCUUGUUGAUCGAGUCUGGCAUACGGAUUCACUCCACAGACUUUGAGUGGCCCAAAAAUCUCAUGCCCUCUGGUUUUGCUAUGAAAUGCAGAAAACACCUGAAGUCCAGGAGACUGGUACAUAUAAAACAACUUGGUGUGGACAGGAUUGUGGACUUUCAGUUUGGCUCUGAAGAGGCUGCAUACCACCUUAUAGUUGAGUUGUAUGACAGGGGGAACAUAAUCCUGACAGAUCAUGAGUAUACCAUACUGAACCUGCUUCGCUUUCGUACUGCUGAGGCAGAGGAUGUGAAAAUUGCAGUGAGAGAAAGAUACCCAAUUGAGAAUGCAAGGCCUCCUGAACCCCUUAUCAGCCUGGAGAGGCUUAAAGAUAUUUUAUCCAAAGCUCAGAGUGGAGAGCAAAUAAAAAGGAUUCUAAAUCCCCACCUUCCAUAUGGAGGCACUCUUAUUGAACACUGCCUUAUAGAAGUUGGUUUUCCUGGUCUUUUAAAAAUGGAUCAUCAGUUUAACAUGACAGAAGCUGGGCCAAAACUUCUGGAGGCUUUGCAGAUGGCAGAGAGCUAUAUGGAGAAAGCAGCCAAGUUUAAUGGAAAGGGUUACAUCAUUCAGAAAACUGAAAAAAAGCCAAGCAUGAUGCCAGACAAACCACAGGAAGAGUUGCUCACGUAUGAGGAAUUUCACCCAUUUUUCUUUUCCCAACACUCAAAGAGCCCAUAUGUUGAGUUUGAGUCAUUUGAUAAGGCUAUUGAUGAGUUUUUCUCCAAGAUGGAGAGUCAGAAGAUUGAUAUGAAAGCACUUCAGCAGGAGAAACAAGCCCUGAAAAAGCUUGAGAAUGUGAGAAAGGAUCACGAACAACGGUUGGAGGCUCUACAUCAGGCCCAGGAGGUGGACCGUUUUAAGGGCGAGUUGUUGGAAAUGAAUCUUCCCAUUGUAGAGCGAGCUAUUCAGGUGGUGCGCAGUGCUCUGGCUAAUCAGGUAGACUGGGCUGAGAUCAGCCUAAUUGUCAAAGAAGCUCAAGCAGCUGGAGAUCCUGUGGCAUGUGCAAUUAAAGAGCUGAAACUACAAACCAACCACAUCACUAUGCUACUGAAGAAUCCAUAUAUUGGCCCAGAGGAAAUAGAGGAAGAGGAAGAAAUUUCAGAAGAUAGUAAAGAUGGUUCUGGGCAGCCAAAGGGGAAGAAAAAUAAGAAUAAAGACAAAGGACAGAAGAGCAAGAUCCAGAAGAAUAAACCCAUUCUGGUGGAUGUGGAUCUUGGUUUAUCUGCUUAUGCCAAUUCAAAAAAAUAUUAUGACCACAAGCGGAAUGCCGCCAAAAAGGAGCAGAAAACAGUUGAGGCAGCAGAGAAGGCCUUUAAGUCUGCUGAGAAAAAGACCAAGCAAACCCUUAAAGAAGUCCAGACAGUGACAACAAUUCAGAAAGCCAGAAAAGUCUUCUGGUUUGAAAAGUUCCUGUGGUUCAUUAGCUCAGAGAACUACCUUAUCAUCGCUGGACGGGACCAGCAGCAGAAUGAGAUGAUAGUUAAACGUUACCUGCGACCAGGGGACAUCUACAUCCAUGCUGAUCUUCAUGGAGCCACAAGCUGCGUCAUCAAGAAUCCGUCCGGUGAGCUUGUUCCCCCACGCACACUAACAGAGGCUGGAACAAUGUCUGUGUGCUACAGUGCUGCUUGGGAUGCCAAAGUGAUCACGAGUGCUUGGUGGGUCCAUCAUAACCAGGUGUCCAAAACUGCACCAACAGGAGAGUACUUAACAACAGGAAGUUUUAUGAUUAGAGGGAAGAAGAAUUUCUUACCCCCUUCAUAUCUUAUUAUGGGCUUUGGUUUUCUCUUUAAAGUGGAUGAGCAGUGUGUGUUUAGACACCGGGGAGAGAGGAAGGUUAAAACUCUGGAGGAGGAAGUGGAAGACAUGAGCUCUAGUACUGCAGAGCUUUUAGAGGAGGGAGAGGAGCUGUUUGGAGAAGACAGUGCAAAUGAAGGAGAGGCUGAGGGAGAAGACAUGUCAGAGGAGGAUGGCAGAAUGGAAGUAGAUGAAGAUGUGCUACAAAGAGUGGAAGAAGAAGAGAACACUGAAGCUAAUGAGGAGCAGGCAAGUGAAAUCCAGCUUGAGACACUGAAGCAGGAGGAGGAGGUGUGUGAACAGAAAGGAGCAAAGGGGAUUGAUGAAGAGGUUAAGAGUGAGGAGGAGAGUACUGACCUCAGUUUUCCAGACACCACAAUCCUGCUAACGCACCUUCAGUCCAACAGGGGAAUCGCCAAUGCUGGUUUCAAACAAGAAGUUUCAACACGGGAUAACACAGUGCAACAAGGCAAAAAGUACAUGAGUGCAAAGCAGAGAAGGGAUAUGAAGAAGAAGCAGAAACAGGGGAGCAGUGAACAUCCAGAAGAACCUGAGAUGAAAAAAGAGGAGAGCCAAAGUUCUGUAACCAACCAAAGUUCUAAGAGUGGAGGAGCUGCUCAGCCUCUGAAGAGAGGACAAAAGAACAAGCUGAAGAAAAUCAAAGACAAAUACAAAGACCAAGAUGAGGAAGACCGAGAGCUAAUGAUGAAGUUACUUGGGUCUGCAGGCUCCAAUAAAGAAGAGAAAGUGAAGAAAGGAAAGAAGGGAAAAGAGGAACCUGUGAAGAAACCUGCUCAAAAGACCAGAGUUCCAACGAAUGUAGUGAAGAAAGCUGAACAGCCUGUGGCUGACGUCAGUCAAGCAGGACAAUACAGCACAGAACAGGAUGACAAGGAUGCUGAUGAUUUGGAUCAGGAGAAUCCUGGAGCAGAGGAAUAUGAAAAUUUUCUUGACUGUCUCACCGGUCAGCCGCAUCCAGAUGAUGUGCUGCUUUUUGCAGUGCCUGUGUGUGCACCUUACACAGCUCUCUCCAAUUACAAGCACAAAGUGAAAUUGACUCCUGGGACACAGAAGAAAGGGAAAGCUGCCCGGACUGCUGUGUUCAGCUUCAUGCAUGCUAAAGAAACCAGUGCCAGAGAGAAAGACCUGUUCCGCAGCGUUAAGGACACUGAUCUAUCAAGAAACAUGCCUGGCAAAGUGAAAGUAUCUGCUCCGAACCUUUUGGCAGCAAAGAAGAAGUAAAUAAAUGGAAUACUGGCUUUGGUUGGAGACAAUAUUAUACUGAUUACAAAAGUGAAACCUUGGAUAGUUCACCUCCUGUAAAUGCUUGCCUUUUUAAAAAAAAAACAAAAAACAAAUUAUAAUAAUUCCACUCCUUUACAGUUUGUAGAGGGUGGGGAGACCUCCAAAAAUGUUCUUAUAUUGGUUUUGUUUAGCAUAAAAUGCUUCUGCUGCAUAUUUCUCUAGUCCAUUGAUUUUUGAGAGAUUUGUGAAAACUGAAAAAAAUAUUUUUAAAAAUAUAAAGAACAUUGGUGGCAGCAUUAAAAAGGCAUUGUUCAAUUUAGUUAUUUUUCUAUUCAAAAACAAAAUAUUUAGAGAAACCUGACCACAUUGUCUACUUGAUAUCCAAACAAACCUCUGCAAAACAGACCAGUUCAGCAGCAAUUGUUUGUCUCUUAAUGUUGUAAAAAUUCUAAGAAUUAUUUUAGCAAAAUAUACACACAUGAAACACACACUCAAACACAUGAACAAAAAGAGACAGAUGAAAUUAAAGCUUAUGUACAGUGUGCAUAGCAAGUCAUCAUCUGCAUGACGAAAUCAAUGUGUAAAAUACUCUUUCCUAAGCGGUAUUUCUAUUGAAAAUUGUAGUAAUAAAUCAAAGAGACUGGACAUGCACUAUGCUUUGCUACUUAAAUGAAGUUAAUUGAUGUCCAGCCACAUUAGAAAACCAAAGGGCCCAGAUGAUUGAAAUCAACCCUUAUUAAAACAUGCAUUAAAAACAUUAUUUGAGUAACAGGGACCAUAUGUACACAAUUGUAGAAUAUUAAAAAUACAAGUGAAGUUUAGCAGGCUGUAUAUUUACAUACAGGUAUUUAAUGGAUGGCAAUAAAGGAUGGUAAUUGUAUUAAUCCUUAUCAAAUAGAUAAGAACAUUUUCCUUACACAUAAUUUGUAUCUGAUGCGAAUACAGAAAGUAACUAAAUGGAGCACAUGUCUAGUAUUAAUAAUUAAUUAACCUGCUUCUGAUUGUUUGUUUGUUUGUUUAGUGGUAGAAGAGAUAGUAGUAAAAAAAACUAAAACAAAUCAACAGAGGAAAUGCAUGGUCAGGAGUGAUACAGCUCUUUAUAUGGCAGCUCCCCUAAACCAUGUAAAAUCAUACAUUUUAUUUUGAAUGUACAAGUUUUACCAAACAACUACCAUACAAUCUUUGAUUUUGGAAUAGAAGGGGCCUUUAACCCCUCCAAACAGCAUCUGUGUCUGAGCAUUCUUCUCAAACAAGCCUCUUUGUGGUUAAGCACAGGAGCAUUGGAGCUGUGCCACAGAUUCCCAUUAUUGCUCUUAGAACCUCAUACAUUCACAUUUCAAUAAGCUAAGUGGAUGAACUGAAUCUCUGCUGGAGGCUGUGUAGGAGAUGUUUGGGCAAGCAGUCAAACAUGCUCUCAAGCUGAUGUCUGUGUUGCACAACAACCUCUGUACAGCACCUAUGCAUAAACACACACACAAAAGCAACAUCUCUGGCCACAGAGCAAUAAUAUGUUGGAAUUAUGUAAUAGCCUGUGCUAGACACUUACCUAAGCAGGGACUUUGGCUGAACUGUGAAAAUGAGUAGCUCAUUGCUAUGGGACUGUUGAGGAGACAAAAACAAAAUUUGCCAUGGUUCAGAGUCCAUGUGCGAAAUAGAAAAUAAUAUGCAGACAAGGUGUUCAAAACAAUUUUUGGCUUUAAAUCAAUAAAUAUUACAAAAAGGUGUGCCUCAGCAAUUACUGGGUAGCUAGUAGCAAGAAGUACAGAUUAAAGAUUACAUAGGUGCCUCAUGUACUGCUAAUUUGGAUCACUAUAUGCUUUCUAAAAUUCAAAAGAGUAAUAGUACAGGAGACUGAAAUGGGAGCACCUUGAAAACCAUUCUGAUUUUUUCAGGUGCCUUAAGAAUCAUUUAAUCUUAACAAGAGAACAGCCUAAUUGUACUUCCAGGUUGAGUCUGUUCACUUUAGUAUGCAUUUUUCUUUUUAAAAUUCAUGACUAUUUGAUAUCUAGACUUUGUGUGAUGAAAGAAGUAGAAACAAUUUUUUAAAAACCAAAUUUUUACUUAUAGAAAUGUUAAUUUCUUAUUUGUGUGUGCCAACAAAAGCUCCUCGUUUCCCCAUUUUCAUUUUGAAAUGAAAAACAAAUUUAACACAAUGUACACAGACACCAUGAGUAACCUUUAACCAAGUCCCAUGUUCUCAAAGAUAUAGAUUCAGUUUUAAUUGUUCGUGCUGAAUCUUUUAAUGUAGUCACUGAGCAUCUUUUAUAUAUUAGGUGUUUUAUUUUAAACACUGAAAUUACAGUAUUGGUUUGUUUAUGGCUUGUACACAAGUUAUCCCACGUAAUACUGUCUAUUAUGGUCCUAAAAGCUUUUGAUUAACAUCAUAGGCAUGAUAAAAUACAAGGUAAUUAUUGCAACCAGUACCAACUUCAGUCCUAAUAAUGGCAUUAACCUAAAGCAAAAUACUGAGAACACAUCAUUCCAAAAUCCUUCUGCACAUAACAAAAUGGAUGUCUGUUUUCAUUUAUAUUCAUUUUUAUCAGUGAUUGCUAUUUUCAUUUUACAAAAAAAAAAGUCUUGCAUGUAAAUAAAGUUGUUAGCCGAAGCAAAAUGCAAAUGCAUGCACACAGGUGACUUGGGAGACAAAAUCUCUAUACUCACUGCUUGCUGAUGUGAGAGAAGAUUAUUAGCACAGCCCCCAAAUACAAACACUUCUCCAUCUAGACCUAAGCAUGCUGUGUGCCAAAGUCUUCCUCCAGACACACACACACACACAAAUGCACACAUUAAAAGAAUGUAACAUAUAUAGUGAUUGAUUUUAAAUUUAAUUAACUGUCAAAUAAAUAUACUAGAGGGACCCACA